GAAUAUUAUUUAGUCAACUUUUGAGCAUUAGGUAGAUGGAGCUAAUUACGUUGCUACUUCUCUUAAACUAUGCCGAAACGAGACUCUUUUGCGAAAAAACAAAAAUGCCUCUUGAAUUGGGUCAGUGGCAGAAUCAUUUGAAGCAUAUGGACUCAGCCGUCGUUGAAAAUCGCCCAGUUACAAUAAACGAAGGUCAGGUAUAUGUUUAUGAAAAUGACUUUCCUGGUUAUAUCAUAAAAUAUAUACACGUUGAUAAUGUAGCUAUAAAAUCUUGUGGAGCAAGUGCAACUAUCAAAAAAGGUGGCAUAGGUACAUCUUCCGUCCUGAUAGUGUUACAUGCAGAGACGAACGAGGAGAUACGCUCAGUGAUUGACAUAUGGGGUACGAAAUAUUUUGAAAAAAUCACUAAAUCCCUUCCCGUAGAUAAAAAUCUGGGGAAUUUAAAAUCUCUGUACCUAUUCAAAGAUUUACGAACGGUUAACCACAACAAUGGAUUCUAAAGUCGAAAAGUAAUUUACAAUAAGAGAAAGACUAAGAAAGUUGUUAAAACAGUAAAAUUAAAACGCAUUGAAAAUAUUCCGGUAAAAAUUAAGAAAGCGAUGCCAAACUUAAUUUAAAAAUAAAUGGUUUCAUAGAAAAUAAAAUUGAUAUGUAAAUAUUGUAAAGAAACCUAAUAAAAAUAU